AGGUUACUUGUUUUUCAGGCAUCCCACACUUAAUCCCCAUGAGUGAACCUAUUCCCCUGCAUAAUAGUUUUAUAAUGAGGGCUCAUUCCCCAGACAGAUAACAUUUACAGUUGUUUCCAUGCUCCUCUGGGUCAAUACCACUUCCCCAAAGAUAACGCACAAUGCACAGAUGUUCGCUCCACAUAUGAAUUUGCAUGUUUGUCUGAGAAUCAUUUUCAUGAGCGCAAACAUGAUUCCCAAGAAGUCACCUGAUACAGCAUAUCUAUGUUGACACUAUAUAGAGCAGCAGAUUGGUGUUUUGCUUCAGUGACGGUUCACAGGAUGAAUCUCUCUCACUCGGACGUCUGCUGCGCCUUUGAGGCUCCCAUCCUGGACAAGGUUUUGCCUCCGAUUCUGAUCUUGGAGUUCAUGUUUGGACUGAUGGGGAACUUUGUCACCCUGUGGAUGUUCAUCUUUCACAUGGACACAUGGAAGCCCAACUCUGUGUACCUGACUCACCUGGCUGUUGCCGACUCCAUUGUGAUGUUCUGCCUACCUUUUAGGGCCGACUACUACAGGCGUGGAAAAAACUGGCUCCACGGUGACGCCAUGUGUCGCAUCCUGCUCUUUCUGCUGGCAGCCAACCGAGCUGCAGGUAUCUUCUUCCUCACGGCCGUGGCUGUUGACCGUUACUUCAAGAUUGUCCACCCGCUGAACCGGAUCAACCGAAUGGGCCUGGGCUAUGCUCUCUGGGUCUCCCUCGGCCUCUGGGGUCUUAUUUUUCUUGCCACCGGUUAUCUCCUUGCUAAUCAGCACUUCUACUAUAAUAGCAACCGCACACAGUGUGAGAGCUUCAACAUCUGCAUGGGCAACAGUCCCCUCUCCACCUGGCACAACACUUUCUAUGUCGUCCAGUUUUUCCUGCCAGCUGCGAUCGUCGCUUUCUGCACAAUCAGAAUAACGUGGCAGCUGAGGAGCAGGACUGUGGACAAAAAGGGGAAAAUCAAACGGGCCGUUCAGUUUGUGUUGGCUGUGGCGUUGAUCUUUAUUACCUGUUUCUUCCCCAGCACUAUAUCACGCGUGGCUGUGUGGAUCCUCAAGGUAUGGUAUGAUGAAUGCAAGUACUUUGAGGAGGCCAACCUCGCCUUCUACACCACAGUGUGUUUCACCUAUUUCAACAGUGUCCUCAACCCGUUGGUGUAUUAUUUCUCUAGCCCUGCCUUCAGCGGCACCUUCAAGAAGCUCCUGAAUAAACUGCUGAGAAGAAACGACGAUCAGACAGAUUUAACUGAGAAUGACCUUUCCACUGCUGAUGGUAGAAGAUUAUAAAGCCAGGUGCUGUUGUGUUCCCUGCCAACACUGCAAUUUAACAAACAUUUUCACAUGAAUGCAUAAUGCACACAACAUUUCUAAUAUCCUAGUUAAAAACUACAAUAAAAUGUAGAGAAGAGGUUUUGCUGUGAUCUGGAACAACAAAAUGACACACCUUAAAUAAUUAGCAGCUUACUGCUGUGUACUUUUAAAGGUUUAACCUAUAAACUCUUGUGAGUGUGGUUGCUGUGUUUGAGUAAUAUGCCAUUAAUGAGUUUUAAAAAUACUAGAAAUUGCAAGGUUACCUUGUAAAAUAUGCUCUGCAAACACUUGUAAAAUAAAAAUGUGAUGUGUGUAUUCA